CGGCCCUGGCAUGUGUCCUCGUCAACGGCUUCAUGGCGGGCUCGGGGACUCAGCACCGGGGAUGGGCAGCUUCCGCUGGGCUAGUGAUCACGGCCCGCUCCGGGCAUGUGCGCGGCUCAGCCCCCUUCCCCAGCCCUUGGCUCCCGGCUGAGCCUCCCUUCUCUCCCGCCGGCUGCAACGCAUGGUCCCCCUGCCGGAGUCGCGCAGGGUCCCCGGCACAGCUCCCACCCCCCGCCAGCAGCACUUGGGGCCUGCUGAGGCGUGUGCGCCCGGCUCCUGGGCCCCGUCCCGGACACCGCUGCCCGCUCAGACGACAGGCCUGUGGCUCCUGGGGCUGCUUCCCCACCGGCUGCUAAAGGGGCCCUUGUCCUGGGUAUGAGUUGCGGGCGGAGGAGAGGAAUAGUUGUAACUUAAACUCCCCCAAAGAGUAAUAUUAAGGGUCUUUAUUAUCUUUCUCUUCCUUCGCCACCUCCCGCAAUUGAAACGAGGGGGAGGGGCGCUGCAUGCUUGUUACCUAGGGUGAAACAAAAUUACAGGCUUGAAACUCUGGAAAAGCUCAGUAGCAGCAUUCGAGAGCAGAAGCUUGCAAAUGAUGCAAUUAAUGUAUAAACUGAUAUCAUGAUGUCAAAAUGCAGUUCAAAGAACACAAACACAGAGAUCUCAGAAAUUAAAACGCAGGUCAGGAAGAAUCCGUCAGGAACUUCAGCUGUUGACAAUACUACAUGGGUUAUAGAAGAAGCUCUUCAGAGGCAGUAAGCUGUGCUGGAACAAAAAUGCAAUGAAAAAAACACUGGAUGAAUGAAUGAAUGAAUGAAAAGCCCUGCUUUGCAAUCCCUCAGCAUGGCAGGACUGCAGCUUAUGACCCCUGCUUCCUCACCAAUGGGUCCCUUUUUUGGACUGCCAUGGCAACAAGAAGCAAUUCAUGAUAACAUUUACACACCAAGAAAAUAUCAGGUUGAACUGCUUGAAGCAGCUUUGGAUCAUAAUACGAUAGUCUGUUUAAACACUGGCUCAGGGAAGACUUUUAUUGCAGUACUACUCGCUAAAGAGCUGUCCUAUCAGAUCAGGGGAGACUUCAACAAAAAUGGAAAGAGAACAGUUUUCUUGGUCAACUCAGCAAAUCAAGUUGCUCAGCAAGUGUCAGCUGUUAGGACCCAUUCAGAUCUGAAGGUGGGGGAGUAUUCAGUUUUAGAAAUAAUUGAAUCAUGGACAAAGGAGAAGUGGAAUCAAGAAUUUGCUAAACAUGAGGUUCUGGUUAUGACAUGUCAUGUCAUUUUGAAUGUUUUAAAAAAUGAAUACUUAUCCCUGUCAAACAUUAAUCUUCUGGUGUUUGAUGAGUGCCAUCUUGCAAUCCAGGACCAUCCGUAUCAAGAAAUUAUGAAGAUCUGUGAGAACUAUCCAUCCUGUCCUCGAAUCCUGGGAUUAACAGCUUCCAUUUUAAAUGGGAAAUGUGAUCCUUCUGAGUUAGAGGAGAAGAUUCAGAAACUGGAGAAAAUCCUAAAGAGCAAUGCUGAAACUGCAACUGAUUUGGUGGUCUUAGAUAGAUAUACUUCUCAGCCAUGUGAGAUUGUGGUAGACUGUGGACCAUAUACCGACAAAAGUGGACUGUAUGAAAGAUUGUUAAAAGAAUUGGAUGAAGCACUUAACUUUCUAAAUGACUGCAACAUAUCUGUACAUUCAAAAGAGAGAGACUCUACGUUAAUUUCUAAACAGAUACUGUCAGACUGUCGAGCUGUGUUGGUUGUUCUGGGACCCUGGUGUGCAGAUAAGGUAGCUGGAAUGAUGGUGAGAGAGCUACAGAAGUACAUCAAACAUGAGCAAGAGGAACUGCACAGGAAAUUUUUAUUGUUUACAGACACUUUCCUAAGAAAAAUACAUGCACUGUGUGAAGAGCACUUCUCACCUGCCUCACUUGAUCUGAAAUUUGUAACCCCGAAAGUAAUAAAACUGCUUGAAAUCUUGCGCAAAUAUAAACCAUAUGAGCGGCAGCAGUUUGAAAGUGUUGAGUGGUAUAAUAAUAGGAAUCAGGAUAAUUAUGUGUCUUGGAGUGAUUCUGAAGAUGAUGAUGAGGAUGAAGAAAUUGAGGAGAAAGAGAAGCCAGAGACAAAUUUCCCUUCUCCCUUUACUAAUAUUUUAUGUGGAAUUAUUUUUGUGGAAAGGAGAUACACAGCAGUCGUCCUAAACAGGUUGAUAAAGGAAGCUGGAAAACAGGAUCCAGAGCUGGCUUACAUCAGUAGCAAUUUUAUAACUGGACAUGGCAUUGGAAAGAAUCAGCCUCGUAACAAACAGAUGGAAGUGGAAUUCAGAAAACAAGAAGAGGUACUUAGAAAAUUUCGAGCACAUGAGACCAACUUGCUUAUUGCUACUAGUAUUGUUGAAGAGGGUGUUGACAUACCAAAAUGCAAUUUGGUGGUUCGUUUUGAUUUGCCCACAGAAUAUCGUUCUUAUGUGCAAUCCAAAGGAAGAGCUAGGGCACCAAUCUCAAAUUACAUCAUGUUAGCAGACACAGACAAAAUCAAAAGUUUUGAAGAAGAUCUUAAAACAUACAAAGCAAUUGAAAAGAUCCUCAGAAACAAAUGCUCGAAGUCCAUUGAUACUAGUGAAACUGAAACUGAACCCAUCGUUGAUGAUGAUGAUAUCUUUCCACCCUAUGUGUUGAGGCCAGAUGAUAGCAGUCCAAGAGUUACAAUUAACACUGCGAUUGGACACAUCAAUAGGUAUUGCGCAAGAUUACCAAGCGAUCCAUUUACUCAUCUGGCUCCUAAGUGUAAAACCCGAGAACUACCUGAUAAUACAUUUUAUUCAACUCUCUACCUGCCAAUCAACUCACCUCUUCGAGCCUCUAUUGUUGGUCCUCCAAUGAGUUGUGCAAGACUGGCUGAGAGAGUGGUAGCUCUUAUUUGCUGUGAAAAACUUCACAAAAUUGGUGAACUGGAUGAUCACUUGAUGCCGGUUGGAAAAGAAACGGUUAAGUAUGAGGAGGAACUUGAUUUACAUGAUGAAGAAGAAACCAGUGUUCCAGGAAGACCAGGAUCUACAAAACGAAGGCAAUGCUACCCUAAAGCUAUUCCAGAAUGUUUGAGAGAGAGUUACCCCAAACCUGAUCAUCCCUGUUACCUGUAUGUAAUAGGAAUGGUGUUAACUACCCCUUUGCCUGACGAGCUCAACUUUAGGAGGCGAAAGCUGUAUCCUCCUGAGGAUACAACACGAUGCUUUGGAAUACUGACAGCUAAACCUAUACCUCAGAUUCCUCACUUUCCUGUGUACACACGUUCUGGAGAGGUUACUAUAUCUAUUGAGCUAAAGAAGUCUGGUUUUAUGUUGUCUUUACAAAUGCUUGAGCUGAUCACAAGACUUCACCAGUACAUUUUCUCUCAUAUUCUUCGGCUUGAGAAACCUGCACUAGAGUUCAGACCUACAGAAGCUGAUUCAGCCUAUUGUGUUCUACCUCUUAAUGUUGUUGAUGACUCCAGCACUUUGGACAUUGACUUUAAGUUCAUGGAAGAUAUUGAAAAAUCUGAAGCACGUACAGGCAUUCCCAGUACAAAGUACACAAAAGAAACUCCAUUUAUUUUCAAAUUAGAAGAUUACCAGGAUGCAGUUAUCAUUCCAAGGUAUCGAAAUUUUGAUCAGCCUCAUCGAUUCUAUGUAGCUGAUGUAUACACUGAUCUUACUCCACUCAGUAAAUUUCCUUCCCCUGAAUAUGAAACUUUUGCUGAAUAUUAUAAAACAAAAUAUAAUCUUGACCUGACCAAUCUCAACCAGCCACUGCUGGAUGUGGACCACACGUCUUCAAGACUUAAUCUUUUGACUCCUCGCCAUUUGAACCAGAAGGGGAAAGCUCUUCCACUAAGCAGUGCUGAGAAGAGGAAAGCCAAGUGGGAAAGUCUGCAAAAUAAGCAGAUAUUGGUUCCAGAACUCUGUGCUAUACAUCCUAUUCCAGCAUCACUGUGGAGAAAAGCAGUGUGUCUCCCCAGCAUACUUUAUCGUCUGCACUGCCUGUUGACAGCAGAGGAACUGAGAGCCCAAACAGCCACUGAUGCUGGUGUGGGGGUUAAAUCACUUCCUGCAGACUUCAGAUAUCCUAAUCUGGACUUUGGGUGGAAAAAGUCCAUUGACAGCAAGUCCUUCAUCUCUAUUCCUAGCUCUUCUUUAGCAGAGAAUGAAAAUUACUGUAAGCACAGCACAAUUGUAGUCCCUGAAAAUGCUGCACAUCAAGGUGCUACUAGAGCCUCCUCUGCAGAAAAUCAUGACCAAAUGUCUGUGAACUACAUAACACUGCUCAGUGAGUCACCCAGUAAACUCCAAAUUGAUGUAUCGGUAGAACUUGCAGCAAUUAAUGGUGUUUCUUAUAAUAAAAAUCUUGCCAAUGGCAAUUGUGAUUUAGUUAAUAGAGACUUUUGCCAAGAAAAUCAACUGAAUUACUGCAGGCAGGAAAUACCUGUACAACCAACUACCUCAUAUCCCCUUCAGAAUUUAUACAACAGUGAGAACCAGCCCAUGCCCAGCAAUGAAUGUACUCUGCUGAGUAAUAAAUACCGUGAUGGAAAUGUUAACAAAUCUACCUCAGAUGAAAGCCCCAAAACGACAGUGACCACCAAUAUUUCAGAAGCUCUUAAUUUUUCAAAAGACAGAAUGGAUUCUGAAAAGAACUGUUCCAGUGGAUACUCCUCAAAAACUCUUGGCCCAAACCCUGGUCUCAUUCUUCAGGCUUUGACUCUUUCAAAUGCUAGUGAUGGAUUUAAUCUAGAGCGGCUCGAAAUGCUUGGUGAUUCAUUUUUAAAGCAUGCCAUCACUACAUAUUUGUUUUGCACUUACCCAGAUGCUCAUGAGGGACGCCUCUCAUAUAUGAGAAGUAAAAAAGUCAGCAAUUGUAACUUGUAUCGUCUUGGGAAGAAGAAAGGGCUGCCUAGUCGUAUGGUGGUAUCUAUUUUUGAUCCACCCGUCAACUGGCUCCCCCCUGGUUACAUAGUAAACCAAGACAAGAGUAACACAGACAAAUGGGAGAAAGAUGAAAUGACACAAGAAAGCUUGUUAGCUAAUGGUAAACUUGAUGACGAUUAUGACGAUGAAGAGGAUGAAGACCUAAUGUGGAGAUUACCCAAGGAAGAAGCUGACCUUGAAGAUGAUUUUUUGGAAUAUGAUCAGGAACAUAUCAAAUUCAUUGAUAAUAUGUUAAUGGGAUCUGGGGCUUUUGUGAAGAAAAUUUCUCUCUCACCCUUUUCAACCACUGAUUCUAGCUAUGAAUGGAAAGCACCCAAAAAAUCAUCCCUGGGUAAUAUUCAAUUUUCUUCAGAUUUUGAUGAUUUUGACUACAGUUCUUGGGAUGCUAUGUGUUAUCUGGAUCCUAGCAAGGCUGUUGAAGAAGAUGAUUUUGUAGUAGGCUUCUGGAAUCCGUCAGAAGAAAACUGUGGUGUUGACACAGGAAAACAGUCUAUCUCGUAUGACUUGCAUACAGAGCAGUGUAUUGCUGACAAAAGCAUUGCAGAUUGUGUGGAAGCCUUGCUGGGCUGCUAUCUGACUAGCUGUGGUGAAAGAGCUGCUCAGCUUUUUCUGUGUUCAUUAGGGUUGAAGGUGCUCCCAGUAAUGAAAAAAACUGAGUGGAACAGCACUUCAUGUUCUAGCAGGGAGAAUUUUAACAGUCAACAGAAAAAUCUUUCAUCAAACUGUGCUUCUGCCUCUGUAGCCAAUUCAGAAUGUUCUCUGUGUAAAGAAAUGGAGUAUGGCUGUUUGAAGAUUCCACCAAGAUGUAUGUUUGAUCACCCAGAUGCUGAUAAAACCCUGAAUCACCUAAUAUCUGGUUUUGAAAAUUUUGAGAAGAAAAUUAACUACAGUUUUAAGAACAAGGCUUAUCUUCUUCAGGCAUUUACUCAUGCCUCCUACCAUUACAAUACCAUUACUGAUUGUUACCAGCGCUUGGAAUUCCUGGGAGAUGCAAUUUUGGACUACCUCAUAACCAAGCACCUUUAUGAAGACCCACGGCAACACUCUCCAGGAGUUCUAACUGACCUACGAUCCGCUUUAGUCAAUAAUACCAUCUUUGCAUCAUUAGCUGUAAAGUAUGAUUACCAUAAGUACUUCAAAGCUGUCUCUCCUGAGCUCUUUCAUGUUAUUGAUGACUUUGUACAGUUUCAGAUGGAAAAGAAUGAAAUGCAAGGAAUGGAUUCUGAGCUCAGAAGAUCUGAAGAGGAUGAAGAGAAGGAAGAAGAUAUUGAAGUACCAAAGGCCAUGGGAGAUAUAUUUGAGUCACUGGCUGGUGCCAUUUAUAUGGAUAGUGGGAUGUCUUUGGAAAUGGUUUGGCAUGUGUACUAUCCUAUGAUGAGGCCAUUAAUAGAAAAGUUUUCUGCAAAUGUGCCUCGUUCCCCAGUACGGGAGCUGCUGGAGAUGGAACCAGAGACAGCCAAAUUUAGUCCUGCAGAAAGAACUUACGAUGGAAAGGUCAGAGUAACAGUGGAAGUUGUAGGGAAAGGAAAGUUUAAAGGUGUUGGCAGAAGCUAUAGGAUUGCCAAAUCUGCAGCUGCAAGAAGAGCACUACGAAGCCUCAAAGCAAACCAACCUCAGGUCCCAAACAUCUGAGACGCCUCUUAAAACAAAACAAAAAAAAAAUUAAAAAUUAAAAAUCCCACAAAAUAAAGUAAUUUUUUUUAAAGUUGAUGUUGAGAGGAACAAAUUGAAGACAGAAUUUAAUGUUUGUUUGAUAACAGAAUAGCUAACAAAACAUUUAACGUGUAUAAAAUUUUGGAACUAAUUGUAGUUAUAGGGUUUUGCGCAAACACAAUCUUGUCUUCUUUCCUCACUUCUGCUUUGUUUAAUCACAAGAGUGCUUUAAUGAUGACAUUUAGUUAGUGUUCAAAAGAAUUGUUGUCAGGUUUUUUUGGUUUAUUUUUAUUGUCAGUACAGCUUUGCUUAGUGUUAGAAGGCCGGGGAUCUUAUGCCUAAUGCAGAUGCUUGAUUUAUACAUAGUAAUCUUGAAAUUCCUCAAUCUGUGCACUAGUGCCAGUCAUAAAGCAGUUUAUAAACUGCACAGGAUGAUUUGGUAUAAGAGAGAAUAAGUGUGCCAGUAUUGUCAUCCCUUCACCCCCUCCCUUCCCAUGUCAUCUUUGCAUCAAGAUGACAUUCUCAGUCAUUAUUGCACUUAUUUGUUAGGGACAGGUCUUUAGUUGAAAUGGCUGGCAUACUGGCAGAAAUAAAUUUCAACUUCCUGAUGCCACAUAGUCUUGCAUAAAAAGGUUCUUGCCUUAAACGUAAAUAAACCCUCAUUAACAAUCUUUAAUUUCUGAUCUUUCUGGAACAAACUUGUUUUACAUUCCCUUCAUUUUUAUUAUGCAUUUUAUGAUGAUACAGCUCUAUAUUUACAGUACAACACAUUAGUAUAGCUGCGACUUAACUUAUUACAGGAUUAUAAUAGAAAUUGUAUUCAUAUAUGUGUAAUGAGGUUAUUUUUAACAAUUCAGAGGAGUGGUUAGUCUACAGAAUUUUUUUUAAUACCACAAACAAAAAAUGGUCUUUGGCUAAAAUUCCAGUUUUACACAAACGUGCAAACUAGAUAGUUCCAAGACUUGGAAACAAAUAGUAAUGAAUAACUGCACAGUGCAGGCUGUUGCUCUAACAAAAUAACCUUAGACAUAUCACACCUAAAAUAUGCUGCAGAUUUUAUAAUCAAUUGGUUACUUAUUUAACAAAUGGAGCACCUUUACACUUGGAAAUAUUUCCACAUAAAUUUCUUACUGUGCUUUUCACAGAGUUGAAUGCAUAUUUCACUUACCAAAGCUGUGCUGUUAAAUGCCAUGAAAGCUGAUGUUUGAGAUGAACUGCCGUACUUUUGAUAAAUCUGUGAUUUAGGUCCUUAAUUUAGAGAAACUAGCUCAUUGUUUUUUCAGUCUAUUGGGAAAAAAUCAUACGUUUUUAGGCUUUGCCUAAAUCAUACAUGUUUCUUUAAUUAGAUUUGUGUAGGCACUCUUCACUUAAAUACCUCAGUUCUGUUCUGUUCUUUGCAUGCAUUGUUUUUUGUUUUGUUUUUGUUUUGGUGCUAUGUUUAUAUAUUAUGCUUGAAAUUUUAAUUUUUUGCACUGUAACUAUAAUACCUCUUAAUUUACCUUUUUUUUUUUUUUUUUUUUUAAAAAGCUGUGGGUCAGUCUUGUACUCCCACCAAUAUCAGCAGAGAUUUGCUGCAAUUUUGCCCUGUUAAUUAUGCUUGAAGUUUGAGAAAGCUGAGCAAGGUGUUUUAAUGUUUUCCAGCACAUUGGUCUGAACUUGGUGCUGUUUUAUGUGUUUAAAUUACGAAUAAAUACUGUAUUUCCUGCUUUGAAAACCCCACUCCCUCCGUACACUCUCACUAAAUAACAACAAAAAAACAAACCCUGUCAGCUCUAGCUUUCUAGAAAAUAGAAAAAAAAAAACAAAAAGCCUUCGUGCAAGGGAUGGACAUUAAGCUUCUCUGAAAUACAGAAUUUUGUAAUUAGAUUUUCUAUCUAAAGUUUUUUUAAUCUUAAAAUUAUAAUAAUUCUUACAAAAAUCUGAAAACAAAUUGCUGGUAUCACUAGUAUAAUAAUAUAAGUGCAAUGUUUUAAAAACAAAAUAACUUUACUGUUUUGGUUCUUUAAUCAUGAGAGUAAAAAUGUAUCAUGGGAAGUUUAAAACCCGCAAGUCUUGAAAUAUAUUUAAAUUAAACUUGUUUUAUGCAAAAAAAAAAAAAGAACAAUAAUAAUAAUAAUAACUUUGUAUGAGUAAAUUGGUAUGAAUCACCACACAAUUAAAAAUUUAUUGAUAACCAUUUCUUUCAGCCAGGAGUCAGGAUUUUACAGCACACCAACGGAAAGUGGAUUAUCACUAAUGUGAAAAUUCCAUGGCUCCUGGCCCAAGGGUCAAUUUUUAAAAUGUCAUAACAUCCCUAAGGCUUAAAAAAAAUAAAAGUUAAUUAUAUUACAAUGAAUAAUAUAAAAUAAAAAUGGUGGGGUCCUCUGCAAACACUUUGAGAAAUAGGUUUCUUUUUUGGACGUCUGAAGGUCAUGGAUUCUCACAGUUUUGAGGUAAAUCUGUUAGCAGUAAAAAAUGACAUGGAAAAAUCAAACUUUUGCUACCAAGUGUUUGAUGUAAAGAACACAAACAAACUGAAUUUGGUGUUGUGCUCUGUAUUUCAGCAGUGGUCAAUGAUCCCCUUGUUACCUGUUUCCUGUGAAUUAGUAAUAAGAAAUGUAUUGUGGCUGACUAUAGUUUCUGCUGCUGCUGUUUUUUAAAUGCCGUAACUCUUUUCCAGUGUGACCUCAUUGAAAUAUUUCAAAUCCUUUGGGAUAGAAAAAUCAUCCUAGUUUCCAUGCUGUACAACUCUUGUGUUUCACUCUUCAGUUGAUAUGAUUAUGAUAUUGGACAGUGUAUGCUAUUAAAGACCUAAAUCUGAUCAUUUGAAGGUUGGGAUAGAAAUCACUUGGCAAUGCUGUAAGCACAAGUGUAAGUGGACUGUUGCAACCCAUCUUCAAAAGCAACCACACAGAUGCCUCAUAAAUAGUGUGGGGGUUAAUUGGCAUGAACUUUGUUUUUUAUCUUCUUAGUUCUAUUAUACUGUACUUUAAACAGUCCUCCUAACUAUGCUGUGUUUUUAUUUUAUGGCUUUUUUUUUUUUUGCGCUGUUCUUUCAUGUAGCACAAAUAAGCAUUGCACUUGGUACCAUGCUUUACCUCAUUUCAAGGAAAAAAAUAUGCUCAACAGAGAGGAAAAAUGUGGUUUGGCCUUGCUGCUGUUUUGAUUUACUGAAUUUGAAAAAGAUAAUUAUAAUGUCUGCAAUGUGUCAUUUACUUGCACAACUUAUAUAGGUCAUUUGUAAUGUCUGUGGCAUUUUUACUGGGUAUGAAAAUACAACAAAGACGUUAUGAAAAUCUUGAUUGUAUUUUAAAGCUAUUGUUUUUUAUUACAUCAUUUUUACUGUUAUGUGAAGUAAUUAAAAUUAGAAUGACCUCUGACACUCCUGUAGUUAUCUCUGAACAAAUCAACAUGUUGUGCGCAUAGUGUAGUUUUUACAAGAAGACAGCCCAUAGCAAUUUGGUCAACUUCAACUAAAUCUCCCCUUUUUCUGGAUAUUGAGGGAUCUGUAGUGACUUCUGAAAUGUUUAUUCAGCUUGAUGCUGCUAACAUUUAUAUCAAAAGGCCUACUAUUUUUCAGUCUCAUUACAUGAAGCUAUGCUGUGACCACAGAGUACAGAAUUUAACAAGAAUUCAAGCCAGUCUGAGUACCAGUUCAGAGUAUAAUGCAAAGCCUAAUAGACACAGGGACAGAUCCUUAGUUGGUGUAAAUUGGUGUGGCACCAUUGAGGUUUAGAGUCAUUUCAGUUUACAUCAGCUGAGGAUAUGCCAUUAAUUGUUUGUGUCUGAGUUUGGGUUUCUGUUCCGGUGUUUAAAAAUAGUCGUCAUCUGGGAAAUAUGUGCGCUUAUGUGUGUGACAUACAUAUUGUAGACACACCUAUCUAUAUAGAAAAUACAAGAGGCUUUGGAUCACAAUCUUAGCAGCACUUAUGAAGCUGAAGACAACACAUUCCUAUGUAAUUUGCUGUGAUGUUACACUUGUCUGUAUUUGGCCACAUCCCAUUCACUUUUUUUUCCCCACAUGAACAGUCUCAUUGAAAAUCAGUGGAUCUGUUGUGAGUCCAGUGAGAAGGAUUUUUACCUGUGGUACUUGAUUGACACAUUUGUAUUUUUCAACCACUUAAAUCCAUUUUAACUUCUUGAAAAUUUUAUCUUUAUUUUAUACAUUAAGUUAAAAAACAUAAAACUACAAUUUACGACCCUGAAAUGUAAUCUAAAUAUCAGCUGUAGCUCCAUUAGAAUUAUGUUGGCAAAUAUGAGUAGAGGUCAUUGCUGUAUACUCCACUAGCAGUUAAAAUUAACUUAUUUCAAAAGUAACUAUAACUAUAUACACUUUACCCAAUACAUCCUUUAGAUCUCUUCCCCCUUUUAAUUUGGAUAGCAACCACAGACUAUUUAAAUUGCUUUGUAGAUGCACUCAAAAUGCACUGCAGCAGCAAGUUAUGUAGAAAAAGGACAAAUGUAGACAAGAACUGGGAAUUGCAGGUGUUUUUAUUGUAUAUAGUUUGACAUAAAAGGUGGUUAAAAUCAAGUAGAAUGAAUAACAAAUAAAAUUUGAUGAACAAUAAAAUAUUUACCAUCACAUGCUGCAGCUAUCUUUAAGGGACAUAAAAUGUAAUUCAUUCAUACUGUAAUCAUGCUGCAGAAAUGUGCAGCCUGCACCUUAUGGAUCACAAUUACUUUUAAUAGUUUUUUGUAACAAUUGUAGCUGAGUAUAUCUCCAAUAAAGUUAUGGUCUGUUCA